GUGGAAAUUAACCAAAAAAUCGACCGUUGGAGGUCCUUGCGUCUCUUCAAAAGGAGUCUUCUUUGACUCGUUGACUUCAUUUGCUUGCUUGCGCGCUCUCGUUUCCACAUCACCAGACGCAAACAAAUACAAGAAACAGAGAAAGAAUUUGCGGAGAUUUCACAGAGAUAAAGGGUUUGUAGAGAGAGAUAAAAGGUUUGAAGAAGGGUGGCGAUCAAUAACGCUGAAGAAGGAAAGGCACGAAGUAGUAUUCUCCAAGAGUUUUUAUCAUCAAUAUUUGAAAGAGUCUUUGGUCAGAAUCAAGAAGAAAACACAAUGGGUUCAAGAAACCUUGUUGCUUCUUAUCAACAACAACCCAGAGGAGAAGCGAAGCAGAAGGCUUUUGCACCAGCAGAUGGAAGGAAUAGAAGAGUGCUUCAAGAUAUUGGCAAUUUAGUGAAUGAUCGUGUAUCUUUGCAAGGGAAGAAACCAAUCACAGAAGUUGUAGAUUCUGUGGUUGCUCGUAAUGUAAGGGCUCCUGCAGCUACAAAGGUACCAGCAGCAGCAAUAAAGAAGGUUAACGAGAAGCAUAGACCUGAGGAUGUCAUUGUGAUAAGCUCUGAGGAAACAGAAAAGAGUAAACCUGUUAGCAGAGUACCAAGGAAAGAAGUCAAGACACUCACUUCAAUCCUCACUGCUCGAAGCAAGGCCGCUUGUGGUAAGCCUGAGGAUACACUGGUGGGAAUUGAUGCUGCUGAUGUUAAUAAUGAGUUGGCAGUAGUUGAAUACGUUGAUGAUAUGUACGAGUUUUACAAGCUUACAGAGGUUGACAGCAGGGUACAUGACUACUUGCAAUUCCAACCAGACAUCAAUGCAAAGAUGAGAUCGAUCCUCGUAGAUUGGCUGAUUGAUGUUCAUCGAAAGUUUUUACUAAUGCCGGAAACUCUCUAUCUUACCAUAAAUAUUGUGGAUAGGUUCCUAGCAUUGAAGUUGGUACCAAGGAGGGAACUUCAGUUGGUUGGCAUCAGCUCAAUGCUUAUAGCUUGCAAGUACGAAGAAAUAUGGGCACCAGAGGUUAAUGACUUUGUUCGCAUAUCUGACAAUGCCUAUAUAAGAGAGCAAGUUCUGGCAAUGGAGAAAGAAAUCUUAGGAAAGCUAGAGUGGUAUCUAACAGUUCCAACACCCUAUGUUUUCCUUGUUAGAUAUAUCAAGGCCUCCAUUCCAUCCGAUGAAAAGACAGAGAAUCUGGUGUUCUUCCUGUCUGAACUUGGUCUGAUGCAAUAUCCAGUUGUUGUCAAGUAUGGUCCUUCAAAAAUUGCCGCAUCAGCUGUGUAUGCUGCUCGAUGCACUCUGGAUAAGAUCCCUUUCUGGACUGAAACUUUAAAGCACCACACUGGCUACACUGAAGAUAUGUUAAGGGAUUGUGCAAAGCUCCUGUUUCAUUUUCACACUGCAGCUGCUGAAAGUAAGCUCAAGGCUGUCUACAAGAAAUUCUCAAGUGCAGAUCGUGGUGCUGUGGCUCUUCUUACCCCAGCCAGAAGCCUUUCAUCUGAAUCACCAUGAAAAAGUUCUUAUACAACAUUUGAGUGAACAAGAUUCUAUUUUUAAAAGUCUUAAUGUUUUGAUGUGUAAGCUCAAGGCUAUCUACAAGAAAUUCUCAAGUGCAUCUACAAGAAAUUCUCAAGUGCAGAUCGUGGUGCUGUGGCUCUUCUUACCCCAGCCAGAAAAGCCUUUCAUCUGAAUCGCCAUGAAAAAGUUCUUGUAACAUUUGGGGGAACAGGAUUCUUAAUUUUGAAAGUCUGAAUGUUCUGAUGGCUAGAUGCUUGCGUCUUCCAUAUAUCAGUAGUGUUUAGUUAAUAGGGAAGAUCAUGCUGCUGCUAUCAUGGUCCAUAGUCUUCAUAUAUUAUCCUUCUCCUUUUGGUGAAGCAGUUGUCAAAUUACGUGAGAAAUGCUUGAUUUGAUUCGAGUUUAAAGAUUCUUUUACAUUCUUUGAAGAUCAUGCUGCUGUUAUCAUGAUUCGUCGUAGUGUUCGUAUAGUAUCCUGCUCCUUUUGGUAAAGCAGUUGUCAAACUACAUGAGAGAUGCUUGAUUUGAAUUUAGAUUAAAGAUUCUUUUACAUUCUUUGAA